AUGGCGCUUGUUAGCGCAGUGGCUGUGGCGUCGCUCGCUAUUCGAAAGGACAUUGGCUCGACCCCGUGCACCGCCCAAACCAGGCGCCUUGUGGAAUGGGUAUUGCUGAGUGCACGGGGACUAACCACAUCUAUACUUGGCCUACACGAGUAUAUGAUUGAACGCCAGAAGUCUUAUGGAGCACCUCACCCACGACUCAGUGACGCGAGAACAGUGUACCCGGGGCACGUCAAGAAAAAACGAUUUUGCUUUUGCGUCUUGAACAGAUUUUUGGCAUUUCUCAAAUAG